AUGACCUCUGCUCUCCAGCCUCGAGAAUGCAUAGUGACCAAACAAGAAGGGGAGAGUUAUGGAUUCUACCUGCGCAUUGAGAAAAACAAAUUGGGUCACCUCAUCCGGAACGUGGAGGAGGGCAGUCCAGCUGACAGGGCCGGCCUGAAGGAUGGAGACAGAAUUCUGAGGGUCAAUGGGUUAUUUGUAGACAAGGAAGAGCAUGCACGGGUAGUGGAGAUGGUCAAAAGGAGUGGGAAUUCUGUAACUGUCCUCAUUCUGGAUGAGGCAUCCUAUGAAAAGGCAGAGAAAGAAGGGGUGAACUUUGAAGAGUUGGGUCAGAAGCAGACAACCCAGCAGCAAAAGAAGCAGCCUCCAGUGACAAAUGGAGUGACAGCUCCAGUUCCACAGCCUCGGCUCUGCUACCUGGUGAAGGAGAGAAACAGUUACGACUUCUCCUUGAAAACCACAGUUGGUCAGAAGGGCGUCUUCAUCAUAGGCUUGUCCUCACAAGGAGUGGCUGCAAAAGCAGGAGUCCAACAUAAUGACCGCCUGAUCGAAGUGAAUGGGAAGAACGUGGAAAACGACAAACAUGAGGAAGUGGUUGAAAAGGUGAAGAAGUCUGGGAACCAUGUUGUGUUUCUGCUAUCAGAUAAUGAAACUGACCAGUAUUACAGCAACCACCAGAUGAUGCUGAAAAGAGACACAGCCAGCCUGAAACUGCUUCCCCACAAACCCCGACUUGUGGAGCUCAAGAAAGGAGACAACGGCUAUGGGUUUUACCUGAGGGUGGAACAAAAUGGUAACGGUCAUUUAAUUAAGGACAUUGAUUCUGGUAGCCCAGCAGCCAAGGCGGGUCUAAAGGACAAUGAUAUCCUGGUGGCUGUAAAUGGGGAGUCAGUGGAGGCACUGGAUCACGACACCGUGGUGGAGAAGAUUAAGAGGUGUGGGGAAAAGACCACGUUACUGGUGGUGGAUAAGCAGACAGACACCAUGUAUAAACUGGCUCAAGUUUCCCCAUGUUUGUACUACCAGGAAAGACAAGAUUCUUUUCCAGCUGAGGCAGAGGACGAGCUGACCUCACAUGCUGAGCAGGAGGUGAAUCACAAGCCCAAAAUCUGCAGGCUGGUGAAGGGUCCUAGUGGAUUCGGCUUCCGUUUGAAUGCAGCCAAGAAUAUGCCCAUGCAUUUCAUCAAAGAGAUAUGGAAAGGUGGGCCAGCUGAUGCAGCAGGACUGGAAGAAGAGGACAUUUUGGUGGAAGUGAAUGGCGUGAACGUACUGAACGAAACCUAUGAUAAGGUUGUAGCAAAAAUCAGUGACAGUAGUGACAGAUUGACACUACUGGUGUGCAGAAAAGCAACCUAUGAAUACUUUAAGUCUCAGAAUAUUCCUAUUACUGCCUCUCUGGCAGAUCAGCUAUAUGACACUACUGAUCCUCCUGCUUAUACAGAGAACCCACCAGCAGAGCCAGAGAGGACCUCGCCAGAACCAAGAGAAAGGGCCAGCUCCUCCUCCUCUUCACUCUCAAUCGCCUCAGCAGAAGAGGAUGAUGACACACAGUUAUGA